UACAUCCUUGUAGUGCCCUUGUCUCCAGAGACACGGAGAGCCCUCGAGGCCCCUCGAGUCUUCAUCUCUCCAUCUCUGCGCUGCUGCCGGCUGCGCAAUCUGCGCACCCAGACUCCGGUGCUAGCCAGGGACCCUGACUCCAGACUCCGGUUGCACGGAUCCUGUCCCAGCGAGACAGCAGGCAUGUCAUCCGAAAAGUCAGGCCUCCCCGACUCAGUCCCUCACACCUCUCCACCACCCUACAAUGCCCCCCAGCCCCCGGCUGAACCUCCUGCCCCGCCCCCACAGACAGCCCCUUCCUCGCACCAUCACCACCACCACCACUACCACCAGUCUGGCACUGCCACCCUCCCGCGCUUAGGGGCUGGGGGCCUGGCUUCCGGGACCGCGCGCGGUCCCUCGUCCUCCGCCACCUUGCCGAGGCCUCCGCAUCACGUCCCGCCCGGCCCGGCCGCUGGGGGACCCCCACCCGGCUGCGCUACCUUGCCCCGCAUGCCUCCCGACCCUUACCUGCAGGAGACUCGCUUCGAGGGCCCACUACCCCCGCCGCCGCCCGCCGCCGCCGCCCCGCCCCCGCCGCCGCCCGCUCACACUGCCCAGGCCCCGGGCUUCGUGGUGCCCACGCACACUGGAGCGGUAGGCACGCUGCCACUGGGGGGCUACGUAGCCCCCGGUUACCCCUUACAGCUGCAGCCUUGCACUGCCUACGUGCCAGUCUACCCGGUGGGCGCGCCCUAUGCCGGCGGGACCCCGGGGGGAACGGGAGUAACCUCCACGCUUCCCCCGCCGCCCCAAGGCCCAGGGCUGGCCCUGCUGGAGCCGAGGCGCCCGCCGCAUGACUACAUGCCCAUCGCGGUGCUGACCACCAUCUGCUGCUUCUGGCCUACGGGCAUCAUUGCCAUCUUCAAGGCAGUGCAGGUGCGCACGGCCUUGGCCCGCGGAGACAUGGUGUCAGCCGAGAUCGCUUCACGCGAGGCCCGGAACUUCUCCUUCAUCUCCCUGGCCGUGGGCAUAGCAGCCAUGGUGCUCUGUACCAUCCUCACCGUAGUCAUCAUCAUUGCUGCACAGCACCACGAGAACUACUGGGAUCCGUAAGGACGCCUACGGCCCGGCCCCACUCUGUGCCCCUCGACCUCCCAAGCGCGUUUUGCCGUCUAGCCGCGGAUGCAGCGGGCACCCUGCACACCCGCUUCUGGGGCCACCGGACGUGGUUACAUCCUAAACUAGGCCUCUGCGGAAACUCUCGCCUUACGGGCACGCUCCGAAUCCAGUUCCUCAGGAACCCCGCCAAAACCCACACUAACAGGGACGCCGCUUCCUGGGAUUCCGGCCAAAUGCCGGGCCCCUAAGUCGCUCCAGGCCCCCACCCCCUCUAAAUACAGCGCCCCCGGCCGAACUCCCUCGGUCACUGCUCCCAAGCCUGGAAACUUGUCCCUAAAGCCCCGCCUCCUGUAUAGGCUCCGCCCCGGCUCUGAUAAAGCCCCGCCUCCAGGUCGGCAGGCUCCGCCUUCUUUUCUUCCCUGCGGGGUGAUUCAGUCCGGUGAUUGGGUUUGUGGCGCCAGGCCUCGCCCCCUUACUGACAGACUCCUCCCCUUUGCCCGGCGCGAGAGCCGAGCCCCAGGGUAGCCACACCCCCACGCUCACGCUCAUCUUUGCGAGUACAGUUCCGUUUCUCCUCCACCUCAUCCCGGCCUCUUUUCUUGCUAAUCCCGGAAUCUCUGUCUACUUUUGAUUUUUUUGGAAUAAGAUUUGGGAGGUUACCGGUUUCAGAACCUUCACCCUGGGAUGAAGAUUACGUCCCCUUUCUCUGUAAAUACUCCCUUCCUCCUAUCCCAACUCCUGGGCAGUCGGGCAGAAGGGAACCUAGAGUACAAACCUUCCAGUGUCCGGAGGGAGCCGGUCCCUCCCCGUCCCCUCGGUAGUCCUCACCUUGUUCUGAUCUGUGUGUGAGUGUGUGUGUGAAUUUCUGAAAGACAAUAUUAAACAGAUUAAGUGGAU